CACGUUAACUUCAAGUUAAAUAAAAGGUGGCACUGUUCGUUUUUCAGGAUAUCAGAAGGUUUUAAAGAACUUAUUUCGGUUUCCCUUGAAGAUAACUGGAAUCUAAAGCGACAGAUUUCAGGAAAAUGUUGAAGCAUGUAAGCACUCCUCAAUGUCGGCGCAGUCUUGCAAGUGAGGAAAGCGGCGGAAGCAGAACGAGCGCCGUGGGUUUGCAUUCCCCUUCCGCUGGAUCAGUCUCCUCGGAUUGCUCAGGAUCGAGUCGAUGUUCGAGUGCUUUGAGCAGCCUUGGAGAAUAUCAAAUACAAAUGGGAAUGUUGAAAGUUUUCUGCAGCAUCUUGAGACCGGAUGUCGAGUAUAAAACCCUGCAAGUUUCGACGGAUUCCACUACAAAAGAUAUUGUACAUAUGCUGCUGCGAAAAUGUAAAAUGCGCAACCGGGAUCCUAAUCUCUUUUAUCUCUCAAUGGAGAUAUCAAUGUUGAAUCAAUUAGGCGAGACCAUGAGAACAGUUCUGGUUUUGGAUGCUUUUGCCAGACCACUGGACCUUAAAAUUUGCCAGCCAAGUGGUUAUUCAGUCAACUUCACGUUGCGGGCUAAGAAAGGAAGUCUACUGAAAGUUCACGAUUCUUGUCUAAAUUCGGCGUCCAAGUACAAGAGUCUUCUUAUCUCUCAAAAGACGACAGCAAGAGAAAUUAUCCAGCUUCUUUUAAAUUGUCAUGAUUCCACAGAGUCGCCCGAACAUUUCGAGCUUUAUGAAACAUGCCCUUUUCUGCCCUCAUACGAGCACCACAUUGCACCAACAGACAUGCCACUCCUUAUGCGCUCUCAGCAGCACUGGCCGGAUGAGAACUUCUCCUUGAUACAUUUAAGGCGCCGCCGCGUCUCAUCCUCUGCGUCGCUGAUUGUCGAUAGCAAAUCAGUCCUUCCCUCUUUUGUUUUCGGACAAUCGCACGAAGAUUGCAUGCUGUGGUCGCGCCAGCAGCUGCGGACAUUCAUGCCCAAGCUACAGCAGCUGACUACGGACUGCAAGGCGCGAGCCUGUAGCAGUGGACAGCUUCCUGCCUUCUUAUUCGGACAAAGGACAGACAGUCAUUACCAAAAUUACUUCCAUGUGUAAGAUUUGGAUGAUGCCUUGCCGCACUGGUCUUGCUCAAGCUCAACAGGUUUCCGAAGCGUCUGGAUGAUAACCAAAGUUUGACAGAGUAUUUAGUAGUUUUUCUCGGUUACUCCUGAUCUGUGCACGUGUAUAUAACGACUAUGGUCAUUGUUGUGUUUUUAUCAUACGAUAAAUUGUUCUAUUUGCAGUAUUAAUUUUUUAUUGUUGCCGUUGUUUUGGACGGAAUUAAUGCGGCGCUCUUUGUUGUGUGACUGAUCUAUUUGUUAUGUCAUGCCGUAGUAAUCUGUUGUCAGGUCGAUGUCAGUAAGACAAGAGUAGCAUUUAGACGAAACUAGCUUUGUAUUACUUUUACUGUUUUAUUUCCCGAAAAAAUGAAUGGUUUUAACUUUUAUCAGAAAGAAUUAAUGAUGUUUUGCCCAGGAAAAUCAUUUAUAAUAAAGAAAGAAAAUGGUG